AUGGCUCGUAAUUCGGAAAAGGCCCAGUCUAUGCUGUUUCGCUUCCGCGAAGCCCAAGCAGCAGACCUAGGCAUCAUCGACGCCGGCCGCACACGCCGCCCCAAGCUCAUUACCGAAGUCCAGGCCAUUCCUGCUUGCGAAAAAUGGCGCGGCCAGGUCCUCAAGGAGAUAUCGCGCAAGAUGUCGCGCAUCCAAGACCCCAUCCUCAGCGACUACCAGAUCCGUGACCUCAACGACGAGAUCAACAAGCUCAUGCGUGAGAAGCACAUGUGGGAAAUCCAGAUACGAAAUUUAGGCGGACCGAAUUACAUGCGAGGAGGCGGGAAAAUAUACGACGAACAGGGCCGCGAAAUACCUGGCAGCGGUAAAGGAUAUAAAUACUUUGGCCGGGCGCGCGAUCUUCCAGGUGUCAAAGAGCUCUUCGAGGCGGCGAAGAAUCAGGGGGACGAGAAGCCGCUUGAGGAGAGGAACGACAUGAGGAGAAAUGUGGAUGCGGCGUACUAUGGCUAUGCGCCGGAUGAGGAGGACGAAGAGCUGCUGGAGUACGAAGCCGAGAAGGAGAGGCAGGCCGUUGAGCACAUGCUCAAGACAGGAACUCAGGAUGUUCCGGAGGGGUGGGAGCCUCUGCCUGGAGAUAGUGGUGAUGGUAUUACGUGGGACUUGCCGACUAUGGAGGAGGUGCAGGAGGAACUGAUUGAUCGGAGGAGGAGAAAGCUGUUGGAGCAGCUAUGA